GCGGGCGCGAGCUGCGGGCUCCGCUUAUGCUCCUCUCCCUUCCGCCCGCUUGGUGUCCCGGACUGGGGCAAAUUGUCGGCUCCCCAGUGCCGUGGGAGAUCCCCUUCCAUCCCCCAGAGGCCGGCGAUUGGGGUAGUGAUCUGCUUUUUUCUCCCCACCCUCCAGUAGGGGCAGCUGCUUCGUCUUACCCAUAGUCCCAUUCUCGCUCGGUCUCCAUUCCAUCCUUGCCCCUCCCAGCAUGAUCGCGGCCAUUCCUGUGGUCCUGGGAUGUGGCAAGUGCAGCUGGUGCUCUCUGGCACCCCAUCUCACCAUGCCUCCACCAUAUCCCAUGCAUCCAUCCUUUGUCUUCUAAUCUCUCUCCGAUGUCAGGAAGGAUCCAGUCGUGUGCAUGUGCAGGAAGAAAGGUAAUCUCAACCUGACAAAAUGUUUGCCAAAGCAACUCGGAAUUUUCUUAAAGAAGUUGAUGCUGGAGGAGACCUGAUUUCAGUCUCACACUUGAACGACUCUGACAAGCUGCAACUUCUAAGUCUGGUGACCAAAAAGAAGAGGUACUGGUGCUGGCAGAGACCCAAGUACCAGGUUUUAUCUGCCACCCUGGAAGAUGUUCUCACAGAAGGGCACUGUCUCAGUCCAGUGGUUGUGGAGUCAGACUUCGUGAAAUAUGAAAGCAAGUGUGAGAACCAUAAGAGUGGGACUAUCGGGACGGUCGUGGGGAAGGUCAAGCUGAAUGUUGGUGGCAAAGGCCUGGUGGAGAGUCACUCUUCAUUUGGAACCCUGAGGAAGCAGGAGGUGGACGUACAACAGCUCAUCCAGGAUGCUGUGGGGAGAACAGUUAAUAUGGACAACCUGGUGCUCCAGCAGGUACUAGAGAGCAGGAACGAGGUCCUGUGUGUGCUGACGCAGAAGAUCGUGACAACGCAGAAGUGUGUGAUUUCUGAGCAUGUGCAGUCGGAGGAGACGUGCGGAGGCAUGGUGGGGAUCCAGACCAAGACUAUACAGGUGUCAGCAAUGGAGGAUGGGACUGUCACCACGGAUACCAACGUAGUGCUGGAGAUCCCUGCUGCCACCACCAUUGCCUAUGGCAUCAUGGAGCUGUUUGUGAAACAGGAUGGCCAGUUUGAAUUCUGCCUCCUCCAAGGGAAACAUGGUGGCUUCGAGCAUGAAAGGAAAGUAGACUCUGUCUACUUUGACCCGCUGGCCUACAGAGAGUUUGCCUUUCUGGACAUGCCAGAUGGGGGUCAAGGAAUCUCUUCACAGGAUGGGCCACUACGUGUUUUAAAACAAGCAACCCUGCACCUAGAGAGGAGCUUCCAUCCCUUUGCUGUGUUACCUUCCCAGCAGCAGAUGGCGCUGUUCUGUGUCCUGCAGAAAAUUCUGUUUGAUGAAGAACUCCUUAGGGCCCUGGAGCAAGUGUGUGAUGACGUGACUGCUGGCCUCUGGUCCUCACAGGCUAUAUUGGCAAUGGAGGAGCUGACAGGCAGUCAGCAGCAGGAUCUCACAGCCUUCUUGCAACUGGUGGGAUACAGGGUACAGGGAGAGCGUCCUGGUCCACAGGAUGAGCUCACCAACCAGAAGCUCUUUGCAACAGCCUACUUUCUGGUCAGCGCACUAGCAGAAAUGCCUGAUAAUGCCACAGUUUUCCUGGGGACCUGCUGCAAACUCCAUGUUAUUUCUUCGCUGUGCCAUUUGCUCCGUGCUCUGUCUGAUGAUAGUGUGUGUGAUUUUCAAGACCCCACUUUGGCUCCUCUGAGAGACACAGAGAGGUUUGGCAUCGUGCAGCGUUUGUUUGCCUCUGCUGACAUUGCCCUGGAGAGGAUGCAGUUUUCUGCGAAAGCCACCAUCCUGAAGGACUCUUGCAUCUUCCCGCUAAUUCUUCAUAUCACUCUAAGUGGGCUCUGCACUCUAAGCAAAGAACAUGAGGAACAUCUUUGUCAGUCAGAAGUACAUGCUACUGGCCAAGACUAGCUACUUUUCAGGAUUAAGAAAAUACGUUGGGAUUUUGGGCCCAAGCAGGUUAAGUCUGUCAGUGAUUCCAAUGCACAUCAGGGGUGGUGUCUUUCCAUACUGUGAAUGGCUGCAAACAUUGUAAAUGGGUUAUUUUCAUCAGAGGCCUACUGUGCCGACACCUGAGUUACUGAGGGAAGAACCACUCAUGUCUGAUAUAUAAAAGCAGAAGAGUCAGAUUUUACUUCAAAGUUCAUCAUAAGCCGUGAAUGCUACAGGGAAGCAAUUUCCUUCCUGUCCUUCAGAUAUGCUGUACAGUAUGGGGUGACUGGGAAACUAGAAAUGCUACCUGAGUAUAUAAAACAACUAUAGUAAGAUCAUCUAAUUUGACCCACCUCAACAUGAGAAUUUAAAUAUAUUCCUCUUAUUUGACUUCAUUAUGCUUUGUUGAACAUACUAUGUCUGGGGCACUUCCAGUGCAUUCUGGGAAUUUGUCACAUGUUGCAAUUUUUAUCAAAAGCAAUUCUGAAUUAUGUGUAGUUGGCUGUUCAUUAAAUUUUGAUGUCCUGCUUCAGCAGGCUUGGACAGUCCUGAAGCCUCCUGAUUCCACUAAGAGCAUCUGUUACUCUGACGAAACCCAAUGCGUCUGGGCAGCAGCAGCAAUGAGAUGUUAGCAUAUAGUUUUCAUCCCCACUUCAUUCAUGUGGCACCUUCAGAUUAUAAGGAAGAGUAACAAAGAUAAAGUAACUCAUUUCUAUUGAAAAUGAGAUUCAACCUUACACAGCUAUUACAGGGGUUAUAAAGUUACAAGCCAGCAACACUGCUCAUGAACUAACCAUAAAUUAGGAAGGAAAAUGCAACAUGUGUACUUGUGCUGUGUUGGUGCUGCCUCAUCUUUUGUCUAUUCUCGACAUCAGGCACGAAGAGCAAGCUAUGAACAGAACAUAUAAUAUGAAUCUAGAGGUGGGAAAACAUGUGCAUGGGGAUGUAUGUUAGGAUUCAGGAGAAACCCAGCAGUGGCUCAGCAUAAUUCAGAGACUUAGAGAUUGGUAUAAAAGAUAAAACAUGUUAUGUCUCCAGCUUUGCAUUCUAGCUAGAAUUGUGUAUUAUCCUUCUAAUUAAGGAAAAAAAGAACCCUGAAGAUGGAUCAUAUAAGAUAGAAAAUGGACAUAAAAGGGGCUGGGGAGACUGUUCAGCAGGUAUGUGCUUGUUGUACAGCAUGAAAACCGGCACUGGUUCUCCAGCACCCCCGGAGAACGGAGAAUCAUGAUCACAUCAGCACUACAAGCACUGGAUGGCAGAGACAGGCCGUGUGUGGGUUUGCUGGCUUACCAGAAGCCAACCAGAGAGCUUCAGUUGCAGUCGGAAAACCUGCCUGGGGGGAAAAAAAAACCACCUGGAAAGCACAGAGAAGAAGCCUCUAGCCUCUAUGUGCAUAUGUAGGCACACACAAAUAAUCAAAACAACCAUUCUCCUGGAGACAUCAGACUCUCAAGUCUUUCUUUAGUAGCAUGUUCCUGAAUGUGAGUUAUGGAAUCCUAAAAACCAGCAUGGGAGACCUACAAAGGGCUUCUGGAAAGGCUUCCUGUACACAAAGGCACAUUUUAAUGAGUCCUGCCUUCUUCCUGCAGGCCCAGUGUAAAAUGCAACCAACGGGUAUGCUUGAUGAAACACAUGGUUUCUCUUUCUUGGAUGCAUGGCAAGUGGCUAGAGUGACUCAUGCUGUCUAAACAGAGUCUCUGUUUCUUGAUUCUGCAUUUUAAUCUUCCUAAUUCUGAGAAC